CACCUCUUUACAUCCCUGUGCGCCUGGUCUACCUUUCUCUCCCACUGGUGCCCCCUCCCUGGUUCCCGUCUUCCUGUCUGCCUGUCCGCCGUGCCGGGGCUGGGCUGGGCUGGGCUGGAGUGCUGUGGUGUACUGCACUGCACUUGCAAGCACCUCGCUGCGACACAUGGACCCCUCCUCCCCACACAUGACUGACUGACUGACGGACAGACAGACUGCAUUGGCAUCUGAGACUCCAACUCCCCGUCUCUCCCGCCCUCUGCCCUUCCUCCUUCUUUCUUUCUCACCUGGUCUUUUCCUCUGGCCUCCUCGGAACUGUCUCUCACCCUGCUGGCCUCACCCCGUCUCUGCAAUCCUGAGGGCAUCACCGAGCAGCAGCCGACGCGCCAGACAAAGCUCAACAACCCGCAACCCGGUCGCCCACUCCAGUGCCACCGCCCGCCCUGCCUGCAACUCCCCCUGCCUCAUGUGGUGGGUGUCGAGGCCGCAUCCGGCAGCAACCUAACCCACCUUACCUCGGCCAUAACAUCACCACAACCGCCAGUACCACCACCACUACUGCCCGGCUGGAAAACCCCCGUGGACACCACGCCUCCCGUCCGAGGUCAUUCAUGCUCACCGUCUCCCAGAACAACAGCAACAACAACAUACCUGUGUCUCACCAGGUGGCUCUCUUGCGCUGCCGCCCCCCAACCCUAGCCGUCGACCUGAGGCUCAUUCCGACUGGCAUCCCCGUCCUGCUGGGCUGCACAAACACACACACACACACACACACACACACACACAACGCGGUAGCAUGGAUGACGAUGCCAUGGACUAUGAGAUGCAACGCCACGAUCCCCACCCUCACGUUGGACCACGGCUAGGGGGCGGUUGCCCGGCACUGGCCGGUUGGCGCGGCGAGCAGUAUCGAAGCCCGUGGCAGGCACACCGGGGCUGGAGCCCCCAGUACUUCCCGCCAGUCUCAUCGGAUGCCUUUCUGUAUACUAACCACCACCCCCACACGCCCUCCUUCCUGCAGCACUGGCCUCAAGGCGGCGCCAUAAACAACGCCGCCAACAACGCCGCCAACAAUGCAAGCAACACCACGCCGCACCUUGGCCUGCCAGCGGCAUCGCGUCCGCCAGAUUCGAACCACGAUGGUUCCUUCAACCAUCAGAUCCCAGAAUUUAGCCCGCUACCUCCAAUACCGGCCCAACAGCCAUACUCUCCAGUCACCUUCGUCCCGCCGCCACCACGGCCCGCGCAGCGAAACCCGCAAAUCCCCCAGGGCCCAGGCGACUUUCAGCAUAUCCUGCACUCCAACCAGGCCAGCCCGAACCCCGCGACGGAGCCCUUCGACGGCGGAGCACCACGCUCGGAACUCCAACCAGCGUCCAGGCCGCCCCAGCCCCCUGCGUCUGCAACCCCCUCUGAGCCUGGAAACGCUGCCUCUGGUCAUGACAAUGACGGGGGCAUGUCUGCUCGCCAGUCUCACAACCCCCUGCCCCGCGCAGGUGGCCACGGACCACCCCCGCGUCACCCGGAUGUGAACGUGCAGCCACACGCCAGGCCCCCCCCGCCGGCCUCAAACCUGCGGCCUUUGCCCCCGGAUGCUGUCUCGAGGAGGUCCUCGGCUGCGGCGUACAGCUCCCGCGAGAGUUUCGCGUCCCCGGCGUCUGCUUCCGUUGGUCUGAGAUCCCGGUCAGGCGUGAUAUCCACCGAGGGGAGCAAUGAUGCACCGGCGUCUCCGGGGUCUAGUUUGGACGACGACGACGACAGCGAUCCGGACGAGAACGGCCCACGUUUCCACUAUGCCGGCCUUCGCAGUGUCCGGCAAGCCCAACUGCUUCGUGGCCAGAUGUCCAACAAGCGCGUCGCUUCCCAGAGGGCCAUCAAGGCUCUACAGAACGUAGACAUCGAGGGUCUGCCUGAAAAUGAGAGAACCUGCGUCAUUUGCUACAAUGACUUUGGCGUGCUCAGCCCGGAAGGCGUCACUGAGCAUCCCCUGCGUCUGCCCAAGUGCAAGCACGUCUUCGGCAACCACUGCAUCCUCAAGUGGUUUGGGGAUGCCGACAGUUGCCCGUACUGCCGGGAUAAGCUGCACUCAGAGCCCGCACCCCCCAGCAGGGAACUGUUGCGUAGGACAUACCAGGUCGCCAGGGUCGACGCGGAGCUGGGUGUGCCUACAUACCGCCGGGUGACACAGUCUCUUAGGAGGGACACUCCUGCCGUCGAUAUGUACCAUCAGUAUGCCAUGCACUCGCAUGGUUCUCAGCCUCCCGCUGAGGUCUCUCAUCGGGAGGCCUCAGUUGGUGGCGAGCGGCGGGCGCUGCCCGAGGACCCGAGCGAUACACAGCGAAGACAACGCCCUCGGCACGAUCCUUCGAGGGCACUCGAUCAGCGGCACGGAGGCUUACUCCUUACUGGCGCAGUCAGUGAGCAGAGAUUCGAUCCUUCCAACACUGCAUCACAGCAGCACAGUCCGGUCCGUCAGCCUUUCUCCCCUACCCAGUCAUAUAGCCCAGCCCAGCGUCAUCACCUACCUCAUCUCUGGCCCCACAGGACGCUAAACGCACCCAAUUUCCAGCAGUCAAUCUUCCCACGCAGGCCCAACAUACCGCAUCAACCGCAUAACCCCAUUCACCCUACCGCUCUCGCGCCACUCGGGCCCGCUUCUUCAGGCUUCUCGAGCUACGUUCCCCCCAGCCCUCCCACAAACGGCUCAUCAACUGGCUAUCUUGCGCCGUUGCCACACGGCUACUCUGGCCCGCUUGGUGGCAGCGGUCUGCAAGCACUAUCGUCAGCCGAGCUUCCUCUCCCAACACCAUUUCCAGGAUCACCUCAUGCAGCCUUCGCACAACAACCACCCCAGGUCCAGUUUCGGAGCUCUGCCUACGCGCCGUUUAAUCAUGGCGCAGGGUAUGGGCGACCAGGGCACGGUGUGAGUAUGGAGAACAAUAGCUUUUAUCCUCCGAACUAGUCCCUGAGGAAUACCGAAACUAGAUACUGUGGCAUCUCUUACGAAAGUUGUGUACGCAGGAUGGGCUCAUCUCAGCACACUGCCAGUGGGAAGAAUGCAAAUUAUCCACUGGGGGGCUUUUCAUCCCUCACAAAGCACGUCGAGCUGGGUCCAGGUCAGCACUUGAAUGCCCACGCAACCAAAACAACCGUCCCCCCCCCGGGGGGAGAGACGGGAAUCGCUAGAAGUAAGAGCGUACAUGCGAACGAAGUGGAGCGGAACGGUCAAUCAGCCAGCCUGUCAAUCCGCUACCGAACCCACGUCUAAUGCGGUUGACAAACACGGGCUCUGACUUUCCAAAUCGAAUUGUGGCUGCUGUUUUUACUUCAUGUCUUUUGUUCUGGGUGAGGGCAUAGCACAACCAGGGCGUCCUCGGCAUAUAGAUCGCAUGUCUUCUUCAUCUCUUGCACCUCAAGCAUCGGAAAACUCCCGCGGUACGGCAUACGAGCUUCCCCGUGUCGCUCACCGGCCGACCCUCAGGUGGGCUUUCCCACAUCAUGACAUUGAAUUUCUGUCUUUCAAGCGGCAUUUGGGGCGGGCAUAAGCAGGGUAGGGCAGAGCUUUUUUGUUUUCCCCCUUUCCAUCAUACAUACCAACGGAGUUUCGGAUUUGAACAGGAACGGACCCACAUGGUGGUUUUGUGCUUAAGGAGCUUCGAGUGAUCGAGAGCCUAGCCUAGGUUGAUAUAUCACAAAUACAGGAAGCUAUUACCUCCCUAAGACCAGCUGGAUUUUUUUCGGGACGGAGAGAAGAAGGCUGGACUGGAAUAGGGCACCGUGUAUGUUAGGCUUGUCUUCUGUAUCUCUUAAGCGAAAACAAAGGCAGGGGCCCAUUUACCAUGAGAAA